CUGAAUACACCUAUUUAAAGAGAACUGUUGUAAAAAUUAAUUUUAAUUAUUAAAUAUUAAUUAAACUAGCGUGACUAAUUACAUUGUAUGUUAGUUUAAUAGUCUGACAGUAUAAAAUCAUUGUAAAAAGUGACUAGUUUGUGUUUUUUACAAAAAUGAUUUAUGAAAAUUGUGCAAUUUUGUCACCACCUUGGUCUCCGGAUCAUUUAAAGGAGGACAAUCAAAAUGAUCUUAAAAGAAAGUACGUGCCGUCUAGUUUUCAGAAUCAAGAUAUUUCCGAAAAUGAUACUGAUCUUCCGCUCAGAAAACGGCAUUGUUGUCGAUUGGACUUGGAUGAAGCAAAUAAUAGAUUAUCAGAACUUAAUAGAAUUUCAUCAGAAUUUCAAAAUAACUUAGCUGAAUCUAGUAGAUUCCAACAGCUUUCUAGUUUUGAAGAAAAUUCGUUAGAUUGUCCAGACAAAUCAAUGACUCACCAAAGAGAAUCAGUUAUAAUGCGUGUGGAUAAACAAGGCAAAUGUUUCAGAGACUCUGAUAUAAAUCGUGAUGGUGUUUUAAUUGAAUUCAGACCGCCAACGCCGCCACAAUCUGAUAAUGAAGACAAAGAAGUGCCUUUCAACGUAGUACGUUCAUUAAAAUUUAAAAUCAAAUCAAAAUUACAAAAUGAAACAACACAAAACAACUUAACCGUCAACCAUGGCGUGACUGAACCUUGCUAUACACCUGUUGUACAACAAACCAAACCUGUAGCAACAAUAAAAUCUGCGCCAAAAAUUUGCGAAAAAAGACUUCUGCCAAAAUUGGCACCAAAACAAAACGUCCAACAUAUACUGGAUCCGACAUUCAUCACCCAUGCCAAUUUCCAAAUGGAGAACAGACUCUUUCCGGUUUUAUUAGUGACGCAGAAUCCUGCACAAAUGGUCAACUUGGUUGGGACAGUAGAUGUCGCCACUCCUGCUACUGAUGGUGCCAAAACUGUCGGUAAACCAGAAGACACAAGGCGAAGGAUUUAUGAAUGCCAGUAUCCUGGAUGCGGAAAAAACUACUUUAAAUCGUCGCACCUUAAAGCACAUAAUAGGUGUCACACAGGCGAAAGGCCCUAUCGUUGUUCCUGGCCCUCGUGCACCCGUCGUUUUUCACGUUCUGAUGAAUUGUCAAGACACAGGAGGUCCCACACGGGCGAAAAGAGAUUCGCCUGCACCAUUUGCACUGCUCGAUUUAUGAGAAGUGAUCAUCUGGCAAAACAUGUUAAAAGACAUAGUAAACAGAAUAAUAGUAAUAAAAUAACAGAGCAGAAAUGUGUUUGAAAUAUAAAAAAUGGAUAGAUAGCUUCAAAAAUAUUAUAUGAUCAAAGAAGUAUUAUCAGUUGGCAAGUGACUGGUGUCCAAUGCCAGAAAGAAGUAAUGAAUUUGUUAAAAGGUCUGAUAAAAUACAUAAGAUAAAGGAUGAUAAUAUAAAACCAGACACAAAAAAUAAUAAACACAAUGAUGAAGUUUAAUAAAGAAAUGAAGAAAUGUUUAUAAAGAUCUGGUUAAAGACUUAUUUAAAAGAUGGGAAGUGAAGAUUUUUUGUCUAAUUCUGAAAUGACUGAAGAAAAAUUAAAUAUUGGUAGAAGAACAAGUUUAUAACGUUAUCAUUAUAUUUAAAAUAAAAUAAAUGUAUUAAAAGCUGAUGUGGAGAUUCCCUGUAACUGGCUACAAAAUGACGUAAAAUGCAUGAAUUGAUAAAUGUUGAUAUAAUAUAUAGCGAUCAAGAAAAGAUGGAAUACAAAAAAAUUUUAAGACUAAUUGCUAAAACUUGUGCCUUGAAUUGACUCUAGUUCAAUUAUAAAAGUAAAAAAUAAUAUUAGGAAAACAUAGGAAAUGAUAUAUUUGAAUGAACAAUAUGUUAUAAUAUGGGCAAAACUGUCAAAUAGAUUUUUUGGACAAAAAUUGGCUGGUAUGGGUUAAAUACAAAAUGAAU